AUGCAAAAACCUUAUAAAUCUACAGUCUCGAUCGGCGCCCAUCAGUCUCCGAAAUUAAUUUUCAGUAGUAUCGAAAGCCCAUCGGACAUCACGCUAUGGAACGGACUAAUGUCGGAUUAUGCGAAGAAUUCCAUGUUUCCUGAGCCUCUUACAGAUCUGAAACCCGAUAGCUACACGUACCCGAGCUUGCUGAAGGCUUGCGGCGGGUUAAAGAGAGUGGAUUACGGUAAAAGGGUCCAUACCCAUUUGAUAAAAACAGAGUCUUCAUCUGAUGUUGUUGUGGGCAGCUCGUUAACUAGUCUGUACGCGAAAUGCAGCGUUUUUGGUUCGGCCGUGAAGUUGUUUGACGAAAUGCCGCACAAAGAUUUAGCGCAGUGGGAGAAGUUUUUGGAAUAUUCUGAGAGGAUGAAGGGAAUGGGUUUGAGGCCCGAAAAGUUAGAUGAAGGAGCUCAGGCUGAAGAAGAGCCUGGGAUAUGUAGCUGGAUUGAGGUGGAUGAGAGAAUCGAGUCGUUUUCAGCGGGUGACAAAACGUGCGCGCGAGCUGAAACUUUAUACGAUUGUUUGUCGAUAAUGUACGGUCACACAGAGAAGCAAGAAAUUCUUGCAGUAUAA